UUUUAAGUCUUUCUCUUUCUACUUCAUAAGCCUUAUUUCCCCUCAUACUCUAGUCUUCUCCACUUCAUCUCAUCACUUUUUUUCUUUUUUUUCUCUCUCCUCCCCAAAAAUCCAUUUUUAAGACCCACCCAUCAAUUUGGAGGGUCUACAAAUCAACCCACUUAACACUACCUUUUUUUCCUUCUAAAAAAUCAUUUCUACAUAAUUUAAAUCAUGGAAGAUCAUCAUCAUCAUAACCAUCUCCACCAAAACCCAAACCCCAACCCAAAUUUCCCACUUCACCUCCUUUCCACCGGGUUAUCCAUACCCGAACAGCCCGAAAAUCAUGACCCAACUGGCUCCAUACCCAUACCCGCUCCCAGAAAACCCGCCCCGAAACGUACCUCCUCCAAAGACCGUCACACUAAAGUUGACGGUCGAGGGAGGAGAACCCGAAUGCCCGCUCAGUGUGCUGCUCGGGUUUUCCAGCUUACCCGAGAAUUGGGUCACCGGUCUGAUGGUGAAACCAUUGAAUGGCUUCUUCAACAAGCUGAACCGGCAGUUAUUGCCGCUACAGGAACCGGAACUAUCCCGGCUAAUUUUACCUCCCUUAGUCUAUCAGUUCGCCGGUCCGGUUCAACCGUUUCUUCCGGUUCACAUAGUAGACCUUUGGGCUACAGUCCCAAUUACUAUGCUAAUAAUUUUUAUGUUAGUCCUCCUAAUUGGAUGGGUUUUUCUAAUAUGUUGAUGAUCAAUGGUGAUAAUCAUCUGAAUGAUCCAAGCCGUCGGAUUAAUAAUAAUCUAUUUCCUAAUAAUGGGUUAGGAGAAUUAUCCUCUAAUUCCUCCCCUACAUUGUCAAAUCUACACACUAGUGUAGAUUCUGACACAUGUCAUGGUAAAAAGUGUGUUUCUGAAGACGAUGAUAAUAAAGAUCAAAAAAAUUCAAAUCAAACGUUAAAUGUUGGUAUUAGGUGGGGUCAUGUGCCCGGAUCAGAUAGAAGUAGUACAACUACGUGGGGGCAUCCUUGUACAACUACUAAUAAUGGUACGGUUGCAAGUGGGUUACAUUUUGUGAAUUUUGUUAAUAAUAAUACACCAAUGGACUAUUUUACCGGACAGCCGAUGGCGGGUCCCAAUGGUGGUGGAAGUGGCGGUGAUGGUGGUGGCGGUGGCGGAUUUGAUGGGCAGUUUGGGACGUAUACCGGGCUGAGUAAUGGGCUAAGACCCAUUGUACCGGGUACAACAAUUGGAUCCCAAACUCAAGAUAGGUCUAUAAAUAAUAAUAGUGUGGAUCAUGGAGAUGCUAGAAGCUAGGAACUAAGCUAGCUAUCCUUGCUAGUUGCUAGGUAUGUUAUUUGUUGAUCAUAAAUUUGUUGGUCAAUAAUUGAUUAAUUGUACGUGCUGAAUAUGUAAGCUUGAUUAUUAUUUCUAUAAUUUUGGAUUGAAUUGUACUCCAUACUAUUAUAUAUUUUCCUCCAUUUUAAAAUACUUGCAAGUGAUUGUAUAAUAUAAUGUGGGAAAAUCUCACUAUUAAUUACAAGUAUUAUGGAAUAGAAGGAGUGUGAUAGUUUUUUGUGUGAA